AUAUUGUACAGAAAUGAAACGUAGGGAUUUUAAAACUACAUGAAAAUACAUUUUUAAAAAAACUACAAAAGUAUCAAAAUGGUCAGCAAGGAUGUAAAUUUGUACAGUUAAGAAGGUAAAACCUCCAAAUACACAAGCAUGGUAGUGUAAAGUUUCAUUUCUUCUAAGCAACAAUAAAUCUAUAAAUAAAUAUGACUUCUAACAAAUGAACUGACUUUACAUUCAUGUUCUCUAUUAUGUAUAUAAAUCGAAUUUCUUUGUCACUGUCCUGGUUACAAAAGCAUCUUGGCACAUUUGAAAACAUUUGAGAUUGUUAUAGUAUGCAGUUUGUCCAACUCUGCCUGCUCAAAACAAAAACAUGAGUCAAUACUGAGGCCCUCUUGGGUUGUUUCCUCCACAGAAAGCAAACAGUUAAUGGAUCAGCGCUCCUGUAGUCGCGUCUUUACGGUAGCAGCUCUUCAGUCCCCGCAGCUCUCCCUCCUGCCUGCGGUCACAUCUUGUUGCCAGAACUUCAGUGACGCGGUGACACUGGAUUUCUUUGUUAUUCAUUCACGCUCUGCGUCUUUUUCUCCUCAUUUAAUUGCGUUUGCUUUGCAAAACAUCUCACUCAGGCGCAGAUCCGGUGUUGUUUUUCCUUCGCCGCAGCCCAUUUGGAGCCGCUUUUGGAUGUUUUGUUGCAGAUUGUCAGAGCCUUGAUCCAUCAGCCGACGUUAAGACCUUUCAAGCUUUAAGGAUAAGACUAAUUUAGACACGGUUAUAUAAUCAGGUAAACACUGGCGUUUCGCGUCUUUCAGGUACGUUCGGCUGCACAUCAUUUAUUCUGUCAUAUAUUCUGUUGUGGAAAGACAUUUCACGUCCGUGUUCAUGCCAGAUCUGCAGCGCUUUAGUUUUCCAUACCAUAGCAUGAAUCCUUUGUUGGGGGGCAACACGCAUCUCCAACAGCAUCCACAGCAGAGUCAAGCGCCCGGACACCCGGACUCUCCUUCAGGCCUCCUGCCCGACGCCGUUUUCGGUGGAUCGGACGCGGCAUCCUUUCUGCUGGGUGAUCUUUCCGGUACAGGGCCUGAUCAGCCGGGGCCUGACUCCACCACCGCACCCUCACAGACCUCUCCUUACAUCCAUCCCAAUCACAGCAGCCACUAUCAGCACCGCGCUGCGCACCAUCCUCCCGCAGCCAUGGCUCUCAGAAACGACUUGGGAUCCAACAUCAGCGUCCUCAAAACCCUCAAUCUGAGAUUCAGAUGCUUCCUGGCCAAAGUGCACGAAUUAGAGCGCAGAAAUAAGAUUUUGGAAAAGCAGCUGCAACAGGCGCUGGAUGCCAACAAAUGCUGCCAAGGUGGGUGCUGUGAGAACAGGGCGCAUACCCAGGAGGCGAGUGUGCAAACCGGAUUUGUCGGGACCAUACCGCUCAGGCCCGGAUCCCUGCCCUUCCACAACACCAACAACUCAGCCAGGAGGCCUACAACAUUAUUCACACCGCAGCUCACAUCAACCCUCCCAACCGCAGCCUCCGAAAACUCAAGUUCAACCCAAACAAACGCCACUUGUAACCCCGCAAUCACCAUCAGCCAGUCCUCCCCCUGUGUGGACUCCCCAGGAUCCGGCUCCAAAACUGUCACAAACAGCAGUACCGGCCCGGGGAGCUCCACCAACCCUCCUCCUCGGUUCCUCCCGGGCACCAUCUGGUCCUACAACCACACCCGCAAGUUUGGCCCAGGUGCGGAGCGUCUGACCAGCCCCGGGGUGUCCUGGGUGCACCCGGACGGAGUUGGGGUCCAGAUUGACACCAUUACCCCUGAGAUCAGAGCCCUGUAUAAUGUCCUGGCUAAAGUGAAGCGAGAGAGAGACGAGUAUAAACGCAGAUGGGAAGAGGAAUACACAAUGAGGAUGGAUCUGCAACAGAAGAUUACUGACUUACAAGAGGACCUGCAGGAGAGUGAAGGCUGUCAGGACGAGCUGGCUGUCAGAGUUCAGCAGCUGAAGGCAGAACUGGUUCUCUUCAAAGGCCUCAUGAGCAAUAACUUGUCAGACCUGGACAGUAAGAUCCAGGAGAAAGCCAUGAAAGUGGACAUGGACAUCUGCCGCAGGAUCGAUAUCACUGCUCGUCUCUGUGACGUUGCCCAGCAGAGAAACUGUGAAGAUGUGAUCCAGAUGUACCAGGUUCCUAACAACCAAUCAUCCUUAAACUGCCGCCGCAAACAAACUCCAUUGUCUUUUAACGGGAAUGAGGGUGACGAACCUGUCAGCACUUCAGAAAGUGACGCUGGUGUGAUCAAAGAUGAGGAGCACUGUGGCUCAUCAGCCAAUCAGAUCAACGAGGAGAUGCAGAGGAUGCUGAACCAACUGAGGGAGUGUGAGUUUGAGGAUGAUUGCGACAGUCUGGCCUGGGAGGAGACUGAAGAGACGCUGCUUCUUUGGGAGGACUUCCCAGGAUGCACUCUUCCUCCCGACCCCACGCAUCCACCAGGAGAGCAGGAGGAUUGUCUGGAACAAGUGAUUAAUGAUACAGAAUGUCUGUUCAAAUCCCGAGAGAAAGAAUACCAAGAGACAAUUGACCAAAUUGAGCUGGAACUGGCCACAGCUAAGAGUGACAUGAACCGACACCUGCAUGAGUACAUGGAGAUGUGCUCUAUGAAGAGAGGCCUGGACGUUCAGAUGGAGACCUGCAGGAGACUCAUCACACAGAGUGGAGACAAUAACUCUGCGGUACCUUCAUCCUGCGAGGACAGCGACCAGAGAGAGAGCGACAAGAGUUCAGCAUCUCCACCUUCCUCUGUGAUUGCUGGGAGAUCUUGACACUUCCUCAUUCUGGCAGGGAGGGAGGCUGCGGUCAUGUGACGUCCACUGCAUCCAGCUACAGUAACACACCAACGCAAUAUCCACCUAUAACUCUUGGCAACACCAUGUUUACAUACGAGCAUCUUCAUUUACCGAGUCAUAUUGUUUAUUCUUGUGCUGUCCAUGCAAAUCAGCUCGGGUCUGAGCACUGAAACUGUGAUCGUGUAGCAAAGUUGCAUUGUUGUCAUCACUAUUUCAUGCAGAUGUCACUGCCCGAGUGGGGGAAGAGGUCUGCCAGUUGGACUUUGUGUCAUGAAGCACUAGUUUAUGAAGUGAAUCUUACAGUAAAUUAUCUUUAAGAGGGCUGAUAAUCCUGAGGUGACUGUAAGUGUACAGGGUGACGUCUUUGAGAUGCAGUGUGGCAGUGUAGCUUAUAGGGAAGCAUAGAAUAAUUUAUCCACUGAACACACACUAACAGACACUUGUGUGGCUUUUGCUUCUUCAUCUUAAAAUGUUCUGGCAGAUUUAAGUAGCUGUCAUAUCUCUAAAUCCUUCAGAGUCUACUCCACAAAAUAUACAGCCCCAUAAUUUACAUCAUAUCAACAAACAAAAAAUAGGAAGCAGGAUAGUUUCAGUCCAAGAGAGCUGUAGUGGUGGUUUGUCCUGGCAUUGAUACAACAAAAAAGUGUAUUGAUGAGUUUGAUUGGUGAACUUAAGAUGAGCUUAUCUUUAUGGGCGCAUUUAAGCCUAAUAAGAUGUCAUGAUUCAGCAUUUUACUGCCUUACAGCUGCAGAUUCAGAGCUGACUUUGUGUCUGAAUGGUAACAGAUGAAACCAUGAGCAAAGGGAAGCUUAAGUCAUGAAUAAAUCAUAACAUCAGCGCUUUAUUUAUCAAAACAUAAAUUAUAAAAGUCACUUUAUAAAUAACCAAAAUACUAGCUGUGUGUAAACUGGAGCUGCAGAGUUGUAACUCUGUUAUAAGUUACUAAGUUGUACUGUAACUAUGAAUACCAACAGGCCUCCUUCUUGCUAUUGUAAGGAUUGUGACACUGAAAAGAAAGUUUUGGUCUAAUUGGUCUGUUGUAAUUACAUUCAGUUAUUUAUCUGCUGUGAAUUACGCGGAUCAAAACAGGGGUUUAUGGGAAAAAUCCGUAUUGCUGAUGUUUCUUGCAUUUCCUAGCUCACCUAGAGGUACAUUUUGUGUUAGAUCUAUAGAUAACUUGACAAAAGACCUCAUCAUAUACAAUAUUUCCAGUGCACUUGAAAUAACUUUCACACCUACAGCAUCGGCUAUAAGCUUCAGCAUCAUUUUGGUGUCAGGUUUAGAAAGCGCAAAGCACCCCAUCGUUGCAACCCUAAAACAGAGAGAAAUCCAUCCUAGAAUAGGCACCCGCACCGAUUUCUCAAUGGGAAUUGUUGAAAAUGAACGAGCUAAAUAACUUAGCAG